GACAAACACACCAAUUGUCUCAUCCAGAUUCUAGCCUCAUUGGGGAAAACCGGACACAGGCCUCAGAAUCAUUGCAGCAACAGUCAGUUAUGAACCCCUUGGUGUCCCACCGGGCACAGUGGGGUCUCCCAGUCCCAGCCCAAGGGACAUCAGAACCUUUGCAGCAACAGUCAGUUAUGAACCCCUUGGUGUCUCACCAGGCACAGUGGCGUCUCCCAGCUCCAGGGACAUCAGAGCCUCUGCAGCAACAGUCAGUUAUGAACCCCUUGGUGUCCCACCAGGCACAGUGGCGUCUCCCAGCCCCAGGGACAUCAGAACCUCUGCAGCAACAGUCAGUUAUGAACCCCUUGGUGUCCCACCAGGCACAGGAGGGUCUCCUAGCCCCAGAGACAUCACUGCAACAGUCAAGUUUGGGCUUCUCAGAACAACCAGUUCUAUCAGCACCACAACGGUUUACAUCUUUUUCAUCUGCAUCUGCACCAUCAUCAAUACCUAUAAAUCAGCAACAUGAGGCAAAUCCAAUAGUUGAAACUCCAUCUCAAGUAGAAAUUUUAGCACAACAUCAGCAAUUUGCAAACCUUACCCCACAACAAUGUCAACAACAGCUUCCAGACCAACAGGCCUUGUGUGCUCUAUCUCAGCUCUAUGGCAGAUCAGGAUUACAUCCACACUUGAGACAAACAAACAUGGAGACAGAAGGGCAACCCAUUGUUAUUGUUCAAAACAUAGGCAUAAGCCAGCUUGAAAUUCAUCAAAAUGGAGAUCGAGAGUUGAUGGCUGUUGCACCACCUGCUAAUGUUCAUGUUUUACAGCGGUAUCUGCCUUUGAAGACAAAAGCAAACAUGGAUCGCAUUUUUAAGAUUCCAAGGGUGUGGGAAGUUAUUGUACGUGAACUGCGGUUAGGGAAUGAUUGCUGUCCUAAAGAACCUGUGGAAUUUGUCUUCUGCCAUCUGCAGAGUUCCUUCCAAUUACUUAUAUGGCUGUUAAAGAAGAUAGGGGAGGCAGUGACGGGAAUUGUUGAACCAUCUGAAAUAGAGGUCAUGAUUGAUGAAGUUAGAAAAGCAAGGGUUCAUGAGGUUGAAUGUCAGAAUCUGCGAAAACACUUGUCCUACAUAGUCAAUGGAGGAGUUGAUAUUAGAAAACUGGUAGAUUAUCUUUUUUCAAAAAGUAUCAUUAAUGAUUCAGACAUGGAGAAAAUUAAAUGCCAGCAAACAUCUUCAGAGAAAUGCAGCCUUUUACUACAUAAGGUAUUGAAAUGCACAUUGGAUAAGGAUCCUGUGGAGCACCUGCGGCAGUGGUUUGUUGAUGAGGACCGGCAAGAUCUCGCAGAUCUUCUGGCAGUGAAACCGGAGGACGUACAAGAGUCAUAUCAUCCUGAGGAAGCCUGAGACUUCAUGACUACCAGGGUGAACAACUAGAACUUAGACAAAUGUGAAGAGUUCUAAAGUAACUUCAUAGUUCUAACCAUAUGUGACAAGUGACUUCAUUGAUCUAGAGAUGAACCCUUACAGUAAUUAUGGAUGUCCUAUAGGAAAUUGACCCAAUAUUCUAUUUGGCCCCAUAGGAUGUCCUACCAGACCCGACGGACAUUUGCCCCAAAUCCUAGCUGUAGAUGUUCUUUAGCACAUUUUUCCUAAAGGACAUCCUAUAGGAAAUUGUGUAGGGAUAAGUCUAAAUAUUCCGAUAUUUUGGUGCUGUAUUUAUGCCCUCAAUCCAGACCACUGUUGCUUGCAUUUUCAGGAUUUUAUAAAAAGGUCCACUUUCAACUGUGUUGAGCAGAAUUUUGAAAUAAUUAUUAUGGACCACAUAUAUUUUAUAUAUUUAUUAUCAAUCCAACUUUAUACAGUGAUCCACUGAGAGUGGGCUGCAGCAUAGGACUGGAAAAUUUGAAGCGUUGUGGUACUUUAGGAAUGUUUGUACUAUGUGAGCAGACAUUAUGUUUUCUCACAUGCUACCAUGUGUUACGAUGCCAUACCAUGUGUCACAUAGAUGCACCAUUUAAAAAGGGGGUGAAAGUCUGCCAACCAUCCGAUGUAGAUCAAGAAACAAACAUAAAAUUCCGACAAGAUCUUGCAUCUAGAGACAAAAACAGAGUUUGUGGUGUUGUCAGAGAUUUUCACUUUGGGAAUUUCAGUAUUCACAAUCAGCCAUACGGCACUGAUAUAGCCCUUGUUGAAAUUGGGGACAGAGGGACCUAUGGGAUACCUGCAGGAUUAGCUCCACAAACUUUGCGGGAUCUUCACCUGGAAGAAAGUGAAUUAUCUUUUAAUAACGCAUGUCUUGGAUCCGACAAAGACUUAAGUUCCCAUGUUAUGUUCAAAUGUGGCAGGCAGACUGGUCUCACACGGGAAAUGGUCAGGUUCAUAAAUGGUGUGGUUUGUCGACCGGAUAUUGUACAGUAUGAAGCAAAACAAGCAGGUGUGCCCAUUCUUUGUAAUGAACUACUGUCGUCUUUGGUAGAGAUAUGUGGACCUAAAACUGGAGACAAUGACUGUGAUAGUUUUGCUGAACGUGGAGACUCUGGUGCUGCAGUGUUCUAUUUAAAGGACGGGGAACCCCAUAUUGUGGGGAUGGUGGUGGCAAAGACUUCCUAUUCUGCUGCCUUAAUAUCACCCAUUUGGCCAAUAUUCAAAUUGUUUAACAUUGAACUAGCAAGGAUAGAGGAGGAUAUGGGAACUGAGCCAGCAAUGCCUGAAAUGCUGUACACGAGGGGUCCUUCAGAAAACAUGUCGUAAUUUGUAGACCAUGAACUAUAAACAUAAUUUAUCAUUAAUUUUGAAAUAGACUGAAUAAUCAUAGUUUCAUUAUGAUGAAUAUCAAGUGAUAUGGAAACAUAUCCAAUUUUUUUGAAAAGUAAAAAUUGUAUUGUCAGUAAGAGGGAUUAUCAGGAUUGUUAAAAGUUAAAUAUCUUGACAGCAUUCUGUACAGUCCAUGAAAGUAGUAAAUAAAUAGCAUGGAGGAAUUUAUGACUUGUAUUUACUACAUGUACCUCGUGUAACAGCAGAAGACAACAACUUUGUCACAGAUAUAUUGAUCCCUCAGUUUUCUUUCUACGACAAAAUGUUGGUACUUUUGAGCUAAUUUAAGAAAUAUUGUGAAUUAUUUGUUUUGUUUUGUUUUCUUAUAAAUAAUGUAAAUUUCACAAGCAAAGUUAAAAGAAGCAGAUUAUCCUGUAAUAUAUGUCAAUGUUAAGAUCCUUCAAUGCCAUAUAAUACAAAAUAACAUGCUUAUGCUUUUAAUGCUGUAUUAAAGGUUCUGUUUAACAUUUGGAUAAUAAUUAUUAGUAUUUUUGACCAUAUUUGUGUAAAACCAGUAGAAACAGGUACACUGUGCACCUAUUACAGUGUCAUGAUCCUGUAUAUGUUAUUAUACCCAUCUAUGUACAAGGUGUAAAACUAGUAGAAACAGGUACACUGUGCACCUAUUACAGUGUCAUGAUCCUGUAUAUGUUAUUAUACCCAUCUAUGUACAAGGUGUAAAACUAGUAGAAACAGGUACACUGUGCACCUAUUACAGUGCCAUGAUCCUGUAUGUGCUAUGGUA